UUGUCGGCCGUCUCGGACCGUCCAAUCACCACUAUGUCCAUGUUGUCUAACAUGUCCUGGAGUGGAGAAUCAGCAAGUGAUGUCACACAUCUGCAGUUCCAGGUUCUCAUCAAGUUCAGUAUCCCCAACAUCAUCGUGGAGCCCACACUGGACGUGGUGCAGAAGGCCAUCCAGGAUGUGUCAUCAGCCAUCACAGAGGCCAACAGUGACAUCGCAUGGCUGUGUAGUGUUCGCCAUCAGAGGAAUCCUUCUUCAACAUGGUGAUGAUGGGGAUGAGAUCAUCCAGGUGGUUCUGCAGGCUCAGCUCUCCAACGUCAUCGAAGAGAUGCAGACCCAGAUCAACAAACACCUGUUCCACUUCAGUUAUUACAACUUCCUGUGGAAAGACGAUAUGCAUGGCAACUUCCACGAGUUCAUCUCGGCUGACCCUGGCAUGUUGGCCAUCAAGCGGGAGGUGGAGAGGUUCCUGUAUGUGGAGAAGAAGGUCCUUGGGAUCCCCAACAGUCUGCCAAUAGGGCCAAUCUGUCUACAUACAGAUCCCAUCAAGGAUGCUUUACAUGGGUUUGCGAUGGCGUGGAAGACAAAGUUUGCUUCUGUGUUGCAUGAAGAGGCCAAGAAAAAGCUGGAUGCAGCUGUGAGUUACCGGCUGAACGUGAAGGGCAGACUGGAGAAUCAUGUACAGAGUCUGGACCAGCUCAACGGUGCUCUAGUUCUCCUGGAGGAGCUGCGAGACAUGGAGAACAAGAUUGAUGGCAUCUACCUCCCAAUAGAGACCAUGUAUGCCAAACUCAGGGAGUUUGAGCUGAGGUUGCCAAGAGGUGAGGUUGAGGAGGUUGACCAGCUGAGAAUCAAGUGGCAGGAGAUGGUUGAUCUGGCUGAUGAGGUGCGGGAAGUCCUGCUCAAGGAGAGAGGUGGAGCCUUUGAACAAGAGCUGGACAAGCAGGUUAAGACUUUCGUUGUGGAAGUGAUCCAGUUCCGCAAUGCCUUUGACGCCCAGGGUCCUGCAGUGCCGGGUAUCCCUCCCUCAGAGGCUGUGUCUCGUCUACAGGACUUCCAGCACAGAUACACACAGUAUGAUGCUAAACGCAGGACUCUUGACUCGGUGUCCAAGCUGUUUGGUAUUGCUUGUAAACCCUUCCCUGAGUUGGACCGCACUGGAGAGGAACUGGAUUUGCUGAGUCAGCUGUAUGGACUCUUCCAGAAGUUUAUCCGAUUUGACAACAAGUUCCAGGACACACUGUGGGCGGAGGCAGAUCUAGAGGCAGCAUCCCAUGAGGUGGAGCUCUACUGGGAUGAGUGUCUUGCUCUGCCCAGCAAGUUGAAGGACUGGGAUGCUUACAAUGACCUCAAGACACAGCUCCAGACAUACCUUGAGGUCUUCCCUCUGCUGCACAACCUUGCAUCAAAGGCACAAAAUAAGUAUGGCUUGCCAGAAAUCCGGAACCGCCACUGGCUGCAGGUGAUGCAGGUGACUGGCAGCACCUUCCAACUGGAGGCCAAUGUCUUCAAGCUGACACACCUGCUUGAUAUUGGGCUGAUCAAACACAAGACAGAGAUAGAGGAGAUCUGCCGAGGAGCCAGUCGAGAACUGGAACUGGAGAUCAAGAUGAGGAUGACAGAAGAAGAGUGGACAGAGCAGGUGCUGAAUUUCGAGCACUACAAGAAGCGUGGCCCCAUGUACCUGGACAAGGCAUUCACAGAGCGUCUGCUGGAACAGCUGGAGGAUGCCCAGGCCCUUCUGGCCAGCAUGUUGACCUCCAGAUACAUUGGCCCUCUGCGGGAUGAGGCAGCAUCCUGGGCUGAGAAGCUGAAGGAGGUCGCUCAGGUGCUGGAGUUGUGGCUGGAGGUGCAGGACUUGUGGCAGUACCUUGAGGCAGUCUUCAGUAACUCCAUAGCAGUUAGGGAACUACCGCAGGAGGCCAAGAGAUUUGCCCGAAUCGAUAAGGGCUGGACCAAGAUGAUGAAGAGAGCUUUUGACACCAGGAAUGUCCUUCAGUGUUGUUAUGGUGGAGAGGUGCCAAAAGCUGUUGUGCUGCGUCACAUCCAUGAGGAACUGGAGAUCUGCUUCAAGUCUCUUGUUGGUUACCUGGACAACAAGCGCAGGACAUUCCCUCGCUUCUAUUUCGUGUCUGAUCCCAUCCUGCUGGCAAUGUUGAGCCGACCUAAUGACUUGGACUCUGUCAGACCUCAUCUCAAAUCCAUCUUCAGUCAGAUUCAUGAUGUCCGACUGGAGAAGGGACAGGAAGAUAUGGUAGAGGAAGACGGGGAGGAAGCGUACAGCGGGGGGGGUGGCACCACGGGGAGAAGAACCCCUCAUGACCGCACCCGCUCCACCACAUCCCCACACAGGUCCAACACCCCACCCAAGAUCGACAAACGUCUUACCCAGAUCUAUAGUUUGAACCCAAGCUUGUCCCAGCAUGUGCCGACGAUGUUGCCGUCUGAAGGUCUGGUGGAUGACGUCAUCGUCAUGGAUGCUGUGGCUGUACAGAGUGCAGAUGGAGAGACUCUCACUCUUACUGAUAAGGUGACCCUCAGUGAUGGUGUGGAGGUGUGGCUCGGCAAGCUGCGGGACUCCGUGGGGAAGACUCUACAUGAGAUGAACGCCAGUGUUAUUCAGGACUGCAACAACAGUGUUGUUCUGGAUGAGUUUGCAUCUAAGUAUCCAUCCCAAGUGUGUCGUAUGGGCAUGCUGUAUCACUGGACACGGGAGUGUGAGCUGGGUAUAGCCGAGGUCAAGUAUGACCGCAAGGCCCUGCAGGGGACACUGAGGAAGUAUGUGGCCACCACCGGCAAACUGUCCUCUGUCCUUGUCCGCGGAGCCUGGAGGACCAUCGAUGACCCCAUGUUACCUGUACAUAAAGGACGUCUGGAGAGCAUGAUUGCUCAAUCUCUCUUCCUGCGUGACAUCCUGGAGAACAUGUGUUCCCGGAAGCUGCGGGAGCCGACUGACUUUGAGUGGAGGAGAAGUAUACGAUGCUACAUGCAGCCAAUUGAUGAGAAGCUGGAGCCUUUGAUCUGGAUACUGGACAACUCUUAUCAGUACGGCAACGAGUUCCAUGGAACCAAUGUGGGUGUGGCCUUGACCCCUGUGACUGAACGCUGCUUCUUGACUAUGUCCCAGGCCCUGAACCAGAGCCAGGGAACAUGUAUAACAGGGCCAGUUGGUGUGGGCAAGACAGAGACAGUGAAGGGACUGGCUAACAUCCUGGGCACCUUCUUGGGACUGUUCCACUGCUCAACACAUUUCGACCCAAGCAGUAUUGGAAAGAUCACCCAAGGAAUAGCCAUGGAUGGUUGCUGGGGAUGUUUCGAUGAAGCCCAGAGUCUGAAUCGUGAAGCAAUGGCUGUCCUGCUGGACCAUGUCCAGUGUGUGCUGCAGGCCCUCAAGGCCAGACAACCCUUCACAUCACUGUUGGAUGGACAAGAGAUUCCUGUGAGGAGGACCGUGGGUGUGUUCAUGACAGUGAACCCUGGCUCUCGGUCUCCAGCUAGCUCUAUACCACAUGAUGUGCGGGCUUCCUUCCGUACCGUCGCUCUCAUCAAACCAGACACAGGCCAGAUCCUGAAGGCUAAGUGUUCUGCCAUGGGAUUCCGGGGACCAGGAAUCCUGGCUUCCAGACUCAAGGUUCUCACAGAGCUUGUCAAGGAUCAGCUACCUAGCCAGUUCCACCACCACUUCACCAUCUCAGCACUGGUUGGUGUGUUGAAACGGGCCAUGCAGAAGCGUAAGUUCAUCCGAGAGGAGAAAACUGCAGACAGGCUAGACAAGAAGGAUGAGACGUCGAGGUCAGAAAGUCAGGCAUCAGAAGCGACAUCAAUAAGACCUCUCCUGAUGGCACCUACAAACAUGAAUGUGUCGCCAAGCACGGUCAAGAUGGGUGGUGGGCUGGGCCAAAGGAAAGGAGGAACUCCCAACCCGAUGACGUCUGCUGGGAAACAGGAGCACAGCAUGGUGUGUCAGACACUGGAGGAAAUCAUUGGACCUCGUCUGACUGCUGAGAACAUGGCGUUGUUUAAAACUAUUGUGAAAGACUGUUUUGCGGGUCUUCCUGAUGCCCCACCCGGUCAGCCCAUUGGCUCGGCCAGAUCUCGGGGAAUGGACAUAGAGGCAGCUCUGGAGAGCAAGGCUAUGGAUACUGGUCUUAUCGCACACAAACCCUGGCUCAACAAGUGUACCCAACUCUACAGCCUGUCACAGGCAUACCCAGGUAUCAUCGUAGCAGGUCCACCAGGCAGUGGCAAGUCCACCUGCAUCCAGACCCUGGUGGAUGCUCUGUGUGUGCCCUCGAGGCAUGUCUCGCGUAGUUCCCACACCAGCAAGAGUUCCACUCCUGGAGACACCAUACACAAGCUGCUGCGUAUCAACCCCCUAGUGGUGGAUGACAGUUCCAUCAUGUUUGGCUCCCUCAACCAGAACCACGACUGGGUGGACGGAAUCUUCACAACGGCCUGCAGAAAGGCCAACAGGAACAUCAGCACCACCUGGCUCUGUCUGGAUGGACCACUCAACUCGGGCUGGGCAGACAACUUCAACAGCAUACUCUCCGGCGACAGGGUGCUGCAUCUGAAGAAUGGAGACAAGUUGUUCCUGUCUGAAAAUGUCAUCCUUCUGUUUGAGACUGAUGACCUCAACAUUGCUUCACCUGCCACUGUCGCCAGAUCUGGCAUCUUGUAUCUGGACCGGGAUGUUGUCGGCUGGAAGCCCAUCGCCAAGGCAUGGCUGGAGAGCAGGUCCCAGCAGGAGGUUCACGUGCUGCAACGAGCCUUCCAGAAGUCCCUCGACCCUAUCUCUCAGUUUGUCCUGCAUGAAGCUAAACCUCAAGUACGACUGUGUGAGGUUGGAAUGUUCAAGACUUGCCUGGCCCUACUGUCCGCCAUGUUGGCAGACAACAUCGAGAUUGGUGGGGAACUACACAUUGAGAGACUCUAUCUGUUUUGUCUCAUCUGGACAUAUGGUGGUCUGCUUGACCAGCAUGACCGCAAGGCCUUCAGUGACCUUCUCAAGACUCUCUCCACGGCCCUGCCCGAUGAUGACCGGGACAUCUGUGUGUUUGACUACUAUGUGGAUGAGUCAGGAGAGUGGGACCCAUGGCAUUCCAGGGUUCCUGAGUCUGCCUAUGCAGACAACCAGGAUAUGCUGGGAGAGAUGUUUGUCGACACUGUUGAUACGAUGCGCACACGCAUCCUCAUGGAGUUUGCAGCAGCGUCUGGCCAAAAUGUCCUCCUGGUGGGACCUCAUGGGUCAGGGAAGACAACUCUCAUCAACUCCUUUAUAGAUGUUCAAGAUUCCCAGUUGUCCAUCUGCAAGAGACUAGUGUUCUCAGGUGCAUCUACAGCCAAGCAGCUGCAGCAGUUUGUAGAGGCCAACAUCUACCACAGACAAGGUUUUGUCUAUGGAGCAAAGGAGAACAAGAAACUGAAAGUGUUUAUUGAUGACGUCAACUUACCUGUACCGGAUGAACAUGGGGUACAGAGAUGUAACGAGCUCCUCCGACAGUUGCUGGACCAGCGCAUCCUGUGCACGCUACAGAAACCGUUUGAGUGGAAGACAGUAGAGGGGCUGACUGUCACCUCCGCCAUGGCACUCAGUGACUACCCCGGGGUGGGCAACAGGGCCAUCUCGGAGAGACUGCUGAGACACUUUGCUGUGUUUAACCUGCCUGCACCUAUGGAUGAAAGUCUCAAGACUGUUGUGAAUGGCAUAUUGGAGGCCAAUAUGACUCAUCAAGAUGCCCCUGGCCUUGACCUUGACCUUCAUAGCAGCCUUGUCCAUGCUUCAUGUGAUCUCCUGACCUCGCUGCAAAGUGUGCUGCGACCUACGCCGAUGCCGGGCAGAUACCACUACCUCUUUACCCUCAAGGACCUCACUAAGUGCUUCCAGUGCCUGAAGCGGCUGCCGGACGAGAGCAGGGCUGAUGAAAGCAUGGUGGUAUCGCUAUGGAGACACGAGAUACAGCGCAUCAUGAAGGACCGCAUCAGUCGCACAGCUGACAAGAACUGGUUCGAUGACACACUGGAGAAGUCUAUCCAGGAGACUUGGCCCAAGCUGGAAGGACCACUCCAUGAAAACUUUGUAACUUUCCCAGUUGACGCCAGGAUGUAUCAGAGACCAGUCACAUCUCUCGGGACAAAGCAGAUUAAGGUAAUGCUUCAGCCCAUUGAGAACCUUCGAGAUCUGCACAGUUGCCUCAACACCCAUCUGACCCGCUACAACGAGGAGUUUGGCAACGUCAGACUCAACAUCAUGCUGUCUGACUUCAUCAUCUCCCAUGUUGUGAGGAUGCAUCGAGUCAUCAGCUUCCAUCAUGGGGGCAACCUGUUGCUGAUCGGAGCUGUAGGGUCUCACCUGGCCACACUGUGUCGUCUGGCCCUGCAUGUAGCAGACAUCCCUAUACACAAGGUGGACACGGCCAAACAGAGCAACUUCUUCGAUGGGCUGCGUUCUGCUAUCAGACUCAGUGGAUCAGAGGGCAAGAUCAUCACACUCAUGUUCACUUCCCGAGACCUGGCUGACCCAGUGUACCUGGACGCUAUCAACAGUCUCCUGGUCAGUGGGGAGUACCCUCAUCUCUUCUCUAAUGAUGAAAUGGAUGGACUGCUACAGGCUAUCCACCCUGCCAUGAAGCGUGAGUUCCCCAGUAUGUCCGUGGACCCCAUGAAGUUCUUUGUGUCAAGGGUUAAGAGCAACCUUCACAUCAUCAUCUGUCUGCCCCCAGGACAUCCUCUCAUCAGGAAUGCUUCACACCAGUACCCAGGUCUGCUGAGUGGCUGUCAGAUCAACUGGAUGUGUGACUGGCCACAAGAGUCCUUGCUGGGAGAUGCUAACUACUUCAUAACUAAACACAGACUCACUGAAGAGUUUGAGGACCUGAGCGACAACGUGACAACCUGCCUGGCCAACAUCCACAGCUUUGUGCUGCGAGACUGUAAGCAGAUGCCAUGGGCUGGGGAGCUGAGUCCCGAGAUCAGCCUCAACACUGUGAAGGUCACGGAGAAGAAGAAGGACCAGCUGAAGGUCAUGACACUCAAGGUGCCCAACCUGCCGUACUCCAAGACCAUCUUACACGAGAGAAUCAAACUGCAGCACCGUGACACCAGUGUCCCGGCUAAGAACGAGGUGUAUGUAGGCCCGACCACGUACAGGCGCUUCAUGGACUGUUUCCACUACCUCUACACCCACAAGGCUGCUGACAGGACAGAGGUGGUAGAGAAACUCAAGAAGCUGUUGUCCACACUGGACCAGACUCGAUCUGAUGCCAAGAAGAUGAAGAAGGCCAUCAAGACUAAGACCAGUCAGUUUGAGGAAGCCAAAAAAGAUACUGCUGACCUUCUGAACCAACUCACAUACAAGGCCACGACCCUGGAGAAGCUCAAGGCCAAGGUUGGUCUCAGCAAGUCUCUAGAUGCUUACCUCCAUCUCAAUGAAUUUGAGGAAGAUGAAGAGGAAGAAGAUGAACUUCUCAAGCAAGAAGAGUGGGAUGACUAUGACGUGGAGUUUGAUAAGAUGCGAGAGGCAACACUGAAGACGAGGCAGGUGCAGGCUAAGGAGGAGUAUGGCCAGGCCCAGAAGACGCUGGAGGAGUGUCGACGCAGUCUGGAGGACUCCCGACAACAGGUGGUGUACUGGAGGACGAAGGUAGACCGGCAGUGUAUCGAGCGUCUCAGGGCGUUUGCCAACCCACCAACGCUGGUGGGUCAGGUGAUGGAGAUGGUGAUGAUGCUGAUCGGGAAGCGACUGCCAUCACAGAGGAUACAGGACCUGUCUCCCCUGAAGGAGGACAUGUCCAGCAGGAUGUCCACCAGUUCCUCCAGCACAAAGUUCAUCAUCAAGAAGUCAGCCAAGAUUAAGGAUGGGGAAAGGUUUGACAAGACACAGUGGAAGCAGAUGCAGCUGACCAUGAAUGACUCCCCCAAGUUUGUGGACAUGCUGCACAACGUGUCCUGGGAAGAUGGGCUGCCGGAAGAUGUGCUGACGGCUGUUGAGAGUUAUCUGGCUGUCAGCAAGGAAGGUCAACUUGGGGUCACAGGGGAAGGAACUCUGCUUGACAAUGCUGCAGAGAAGACCUUCAUGGCUGUGAAAAGGACCCCCUCCCCUGAUGGCACUAAGGGUAUUACCAUUUCCGGUGCCAAGUACUCCAGUGAAGACUGCGCCACCCUGGUCCAGUACACCAUUGCCAUCGUCGAGUACACACGCCUCUGUGGACCACUCCGGGCUGCAAUGGAGAAGCUGAGUGAGCUGGAACGAGAGAUUGAAGAGAAUGAAAGACUGCAGCGGCAGCAGGAGGAAGAACCGGACAAGGAUGCUCAAGAAACAUCCUCCGAGCCAGAUGAGGACCUCACUGAAGCGGACUUGCCCAGGGUCCAGGAGGUGGUCAACAAGCUUCAGAGUCAGUUUGAUCAGGCGGUAGUGCAGAAACACAGCCUGGAGAUGGAGCUGCAGUCUAUGAAUGAGAGGCUGAAGGCAGCUGUGGAUGAUAUUUGUUGGAUGGUGACCCAGGAGGCAAUGUGGAGACAACAUGUCAAUGAGAAUGACUGUAACGAGCUGUUGCUGGCCAACUGUAUCACUGCCUCCGCCUUUCUCACAUAUGGUGGAGCUGUCAACAUCGACACCAGGAAGCGGAUGGGAGAGUUCUUCAUGCAGGUCUGUGAGCAUCAUGGUCUGCCUCUGCAUCGCAAGCUGCUCUUCAGGAACAUGGAGCUCAUCGAGUUCCUCUACACUCCACUUGAUGUGAUGCACCUGGAGAUGAUCGGACUGCCGACAACACGUCUUGUGUUGGAGAACGCAUGUUUCCUGAUGCAGGAGAAGAGCACCACGGCCUGGCCCCUCAUCUGUGACCCCACGUCCCGUGUCCUGGACUGGCUGAAUCUGUACUUCACCGGCAAGGAGCUGGUGGAGGUCAAAUACCAUGAGAUGAGAUCUCAGCUUGAGAACUGCCUGGCUGACGGCACGCCACUGCUGGUCACUGACUGCAACAUGGUCGAGCUGGCUCGGGACCAGCGAUUCCGCGACACCAUCCAGUCCAGCUCCAACUUCAUCAAUGGCAAGUCCAGGUUCAAGGUGAUCGUGGAGGAUCAUGAGGUGGAGUGUGACCCCCACUUCCGUCUGUUCCUUCACACGACGGUGGAGCCCCAUCAGGUGCCCCAGCAGCUGGCUGCCUACUCCAGCGUCAUGUACUUCCAGCAGUGUCGCCAGUGUGUGGAGGAGGAGCUGCUCGAUGUCUUCAUGGCACAGAAGUCACGGCUGGAGAACGAGAGGACUGCUCUCAGACAGGAAAAGCUGGAGAACAUGGAACAGUUGCACCGCCUGGAGCAGCAGAUGCGUAACCAGCUGUCUUCCGACAUUCGGCUGAUGAAUGACCUCCAGGCCACCAAGAGACUGGCCGACCUUAAGAAGCUGUAUGAUGAAACACUGGAGAGCCAAGCCCGUGUGCAGCUGGGUGAGGACUCCAUCCUGAAGGCCCGAGAAGGUUAUCGUUCUAUUGCACAGCGAGCUGCUGUGUGUUUCGACACUGCCCAGUACAUGAGGGAGGUGAAUCCUCUCUACCAGAUCUCCUUCAAGCAGUUUCUUGCUCUGUAUGAAGCUGCCAUCAGCCACUCUGAGAGGUCUGCUGUGAAGGCUGUGAUAGAGAAGCUGACGUACAGCGCCCACACCACCACAGCCCGGGCCCUGCUGGAGAGAGACAGACAGAUCUUUGCCCUGUUACUAGCUAUGGAGGUUGAGGAGUCCCACAGCCAGAUGGGUCCUGGGGAGCGUGAGUUCGUCAUCUCCCCCAACUACAGCUCCGUGGUGAUGUCCUCCUUGGGGCUACACCCAGGACACCAACAGCCGCACGUGGCCUCCAAGAAGCCCUUCGACUGGAUGACCGACGAGCAGUUCCACAACCUGCAGGUCCUGGCAACUCACUUCGAGUGGUUCCAGGAAAUGUUUGACCGAAUGCCAAAAGACGGCCGUGAGACCCAGUGGCGGAACCUGUGUGAGAGUGAUCCCGAGAACGUGGCCCUGCCGGACAAGAUGGACGAGGUGUACAAGCCAAUGCAGAGGCUGUGUGUGCUCCGUGCAGUCCGUAGUGACAGGAUCCUCCAGGCAUCCACAUUGUUCGUCAACCAGGUCCUGGGCAAGAAAUACUAUGGUGACGUCCCCCUUGACUUCCCCACCAUGCUGAGACAGAGCAGUCCGUCCAUGCCUCUCAUCCUGCUGUUUACAUCAGAGUCGGAAACCACCUGCAAGUUGUUCACAGACUUCGCUGGGAAGAAGCAGAGUCGCUAUGUGGUGGUGACCCUCACAGACAACAAUCCUGCGAUGGAGAGAACGGUCAAGAAGCACAUCCAGAAGGGGAUGGCUGAGGGCUUCUGGGUGCUGCUACACAACGCCCACAACUCACCCCACCUGCUCAACGCCAUUGAGACCAUGCUGGUGGAGACAGCUGCCACUCAGACUGACUCUCAGUUCCGACUGUGGAUCUCACAGACACACAACUCCAUGCUUCCUGUCCGGCUCAUCCAGAACUCUGUCAAGGUCGUCAUCGACACACCAAAGGUGAUGAAGGACAGUCUGGUCCGGUCAUUCAUGUGGAUGGAGCCGGACAUCUUGAAGCAGUCCAACCGUCCAGAAUGGCCCCUUGUACUCCACAACCUGUGCUACCUCCAUGCUGCUGUCCAACUGAGAGCCAGGUUCGGUCAGGGAGGAUGGAAUGCACCUCAGGAUCUGGCCAAUGUCGGCUUUGGAGAACUGCAGGAGGGACUAAACUUUGCUGCUGGAGAGUUCAAGGACCCUCUGUUUGUUCUGGGGCCUGAUGGUGCCCCCACACAGAGGAUGACUUCCUGGACUGGCAUCAGGUUCAUCUUGGCAGAGGUGGUGUAUGGCAACCACAUCACAGACAGUUUCGACCAGCAGAGUCUCAGUGCAAUGGUGGACUACUGGGUGUCCCCUACUGCCGUCAAGAAGGACUUCGAGGUUGCUAGAUUGAAGUAUCGCCAUCCAACAAUGUUUUUCAACCCCAACGUGAGACUGAACUCGUUGAUCCAGGCUCUAGAUGGCCUCAACUACCACUUCCUGGACACCCCCGAGGGCUGCCACCUCCACCCCAACAUCGAGACUCUGCUCGGAGAUGACCAGUAUGUCUUCACUCGCCUCAACAAGGUCUUUGAUGCCAUGCCAUCCACAGUGACCCUAUCACACAAGUUGUUCCCCCGACCUCCCAGCCCAUUCCUUGGUCCUGCUCUGGCUGGUGUGAGUGUACAGAGCAACAACCCUGCCAUCGUGGACCAGGGCGUGUUCUCCACGGCCAGCUACGCCACGUUCAAGAUGAGGAAGGAUGUGGAAUUGUGGGAGAUCUGUCACACCAUGCACUCCAAGGUGCCGAAAGCCUACAACAAGGAGUAUAUCAUAGAGAGAGUGAAGAAGAUUGGUGGCUUCACAACAUUCAACAACUUCAUCAUGCGAGAACUGGAGACCAUGUACAAGCUGCUGACGGAGAUCAAGGCCACGCUGCUGGCGAUAAAGAUGGCAACAGAGGCAAAUACGCCGGAAAUAAGUAUCCUUGGUGACCAGAUAACCGAGAGCCUGCUGUCCAUUGCUGACGAUCUGUUCCACAUGCGCAUCCCCCAGGCAUGGUGUCAGCUGGCUGGGUACUCGGCCCCGCCCCUCACCUGGGGGCUAGGGCAGUGGUUGAUAGAGCUUCAGAAUAGAUGUCAUCACUUUGAGAGGAUCCUGUCACUGGGUUGGGAGAAGAUGCAUCUUUAAAGGAUGACGUACUGGCUGGGAGCGUUCUUCAAUCCCCGGGGGCUGCUAGCUCUGCUCAAACAGGAGAGCAUGAAGCAGUUCUCUGCCGACAGGUCUGGAAACUUCGAGCAGUUCACAUUCCAGACAGAAGUCACUUCCAGGGACAAGGAUCAUCUGCGAGACCCACCUCAAGAGGGGAUGUUCGUGUUCGGCAUCUAUGUCUGGGGAUGUGCGUGGGAGAAGACAACUGGAGAACUACAGGACACGCCCCCCAGGACUGGCUGUGCCUCCCUCCCUGUGGUGCAUGUCACCUGCUGGCCGGUCAACGAAAAGCCACUUCUACAGGACUCCACUCGGGCUUCCGAGACCUACCAGUGUCCGGUGUACCACUCACGCAUUGCUAGUCGGGAACCAGUCAUGGAGAUGGACGUCCGGAGGGAAGGGAUUCCAGCCACACGAUGGGCAUUCCGUGGACUAUCGGCCACCAUACGGCCAUACUAGACCAGUACUGGAGUGUUGAACGCAGUGCAGUCUGGUUGCUGAGGUGACAACCUAUCUGGCAGUCUGUCGGUGGAACAUUGUCCUAAAAGAAACAUGCACUGUUUAUUUUACCAGUGGAUCUGUGUUUUGUGACUUGUCCAGUUUGUCCAGUGGAGUUGGACAUUACACAACUACUGUUGAAACGUUGUCUUUGUUUAUAUAAAGUGAUUACAUUCCAAAGCAUUGCCUUGUUUGUUAAAUUGACACUUAUACCAAAUACAGGCUUGUUGUACAUUGUUAUCUUGAAUGUUUGGAAUGUUCAAGACAUUUAAUGAAAUUUUGCAAUAUUGUAUUGUUGUGUAUCAGUAUACAUGCCACUUCAUUGUUGACUUGUGCUUCACAUAUGAUGUAGUGGAGAUACUGGAUUGUGUGUCAGGAUUGCUGGUUGUUUGGUUCAUGUCUGACGUCAGGGAUCAUUGCAUGCUACAAUGUAUAGUUAACAUAUUGAUCAUUACAAACAUCUAAGUAUUAUUACAGCACUGUGUAAAAUAUGAACGAAAAUCCUAAGUUUGCUGAAGUUACAGCUAAGUGCAUGUGGACCACGUCAGUAUUCAGGGUCACAACUUUACCCUGAUUUUUGCCAAAAUUCUACACAUCAAAAUAUGAAAUCAACAGCAUUAUAUGUAUAUAGAAAUUAUGAAUGUAGUGUUUGUGUAAAUAUAGGACCCUUAGUCUACAUGCAUAUAUUAUGUGUGUGCAUUAUGUGUAAAUAAGUCCCACAUGGUCGUACUACCUAUUGAUCCAUACAUUCAACAUGAGGGCAGAGCAGUUGGCUUCCAGACUUGACCCUCAACCACAAAACAAGGAGUGUAGUAAAUCCAGUGUCACAUAUAUACUGAUGCCACUUUUUGGUAGUGCACUUUCACCAAUAUAAACAGAUGUUCUAAUAUUGCUUACAAAACCAAAACAACUGCAGCAUUAUUUGUAAAUGUAUAUAAUCUCUACGAUCAGUGGUGUUGUGAUCUGUGAUAUCCCCCUCUACAACUGCUGUCAGUCCUUCCAAUGUACAUGCUCCUCUUGUUCCCAGUAUUGGAGAUGUGUGUGAUGAUUGUGCGUCCUAUUGGAUGCUGUGUUAAGCAUACCCUGUUGGUCAUGCUAUUAUUCUGUUUUAUUGUUAUAUUAUUUAUUUCAUAUCAUCAUCCAUUGUUGAUCACAACACAGAAAUGUGAUUCAUGUCAACCAAGUUGAAUAAACCAUUCCAGCUGA